GCAAGACUCUUUCAAAUAAGGGAUUCCACAUCUAACCCUAAUUGUGAUCAGGUGCCUGCAGACAUAAAUCACGUGACAAGAAACCUGAUGCGGCUUAGUCAUUGCGCUCAUUGCCUUCGUAUCUUCAACCAGUAGAGGCCUUCUCUCUGUUUCGACUUACUUGCUUCUCCUCCCUCAGCUCGCAUGUUCUCUUUGUUUUCGUGCGUGAAUAUCCGUGGGAAGCCACUACGUGUUCAAUCUUGCGUGAGUAUGUCUUGUUUUUACCAUGCCUUGAUCUUUUUACACAGCUCUUUCAUCGUCGCCCUGUUUUCGCGGCUAUCUAUCGUAUGGACGAUAGUUGGUUCCAGGGGAUUCAAUAUACUGGUGUAUAGGUGCCUAAUUCUCCUCUUGCUGCUCUUCUGAUUUUGCUGUUUUAUCUGGAAAUUAUUGCGGUUUCUUUCUUUUUUUCUGUCUUUUGCUUCUCGUAUAGGACAUAAUAUACGGCAUGCUCUGUUUUGUAAAGAGGGUUGAUGGCACUGACUUCAAUGUUCUCAUUUGUGUUUGGCUCAUGCAUGCCUGCUUCCUGCAUGCCGGGUCUGCUAUAUGCCUUGGUUUUAGACCUAUCCAUUGUGGAACAGUGGCCAUCCCUGGGUAACAUUGACUAUAUUUCCGUGGAACAAUCGUCAUAUUGGCUUUUUUUUCCUGGCCAGACUUCACCCUCAGCCAUGAGAUUCAAUUGGACUGACUGGAGAGGCAGAAAUACUUCAAACACAUUCAAUUUGCUCAGACAGGUACUGUCUUUGCAAACCUAUUAUUGCACCAUCAAUCGGCAUUUUCCACUGCUCUGCAUAACUUCACCAUGAUGGACAGAAAACCCCAUGUGGCAGUUAUUGGGGCUGGUAUGGCGGGUUUGAGAUGUGCAGAUAUUCUCAUCCAGAAUGGCGUAAAAGUUACUCUUUUUGAAGCAAGGAAUAGGGUUGGAGGACGGGUCUGUCAGGAGGAGAUUGAUGGCCAUUCUGUAGACCUCGGACCUAAUUGGAUCCAUGGCACUCGGGGGAACCCUAUUACUGACAUUGCUCAAUUGACGUCGACAACCACAGUUGAUUGGGAUGGGCUACAGUCUGUCUAUUCCUCCGACGGAAAGCUUUUAGACAAUAAAUUCGUCACAAAGAUUUCUGAAUUUCUGUGGACGACUAUAGGUGAAGCUUUCCAGUAUAGCAAUGAGCACAAAGAUACUAUCUCUCCAGACCGGAGUCUCUUGGACUUUUUCCGAGAGCGGGUUGAAGAUAGUGGUUUCAUGCCUGUCGAAAAAGCGGCAUGUAUGGAAUAUUGCAAGCUAUGGGGCGCGUAUGUUGGUGAAUCGGUCGAGAGACAGAGUUUGAAGUUCUUUUGUCUGGAAGAAUGCAUAGACGGCAACAAUCUCUUUGUCGCAUCUACUUACAAGAAUAUCCUGGAGCACGCAUCAAAAACGGCAUUACAAGGUGCCGACCUACAUCUGAAUGAACCUGUCGUACGAGUUGAGGCGCAUCCCCGGGGCUCUGGUCAGCGCAAUCAAAUAACAUUGUCCACAGCGACUGGGAAGAGCUACCGGCUAGAUGAAGUAGUAGUGACCUGCCCAUUGGGAUGGCUGAAACGGAAUAAAUCUGCAUUCUACCCGGAACUCUCACCGCAUCUCCAUCAAGCCAUCGACAACAUCUCCUACGGCCGUCUUGAGAAGGUAUACGUUACCUUCCCAAAGCCAUUUUGGCAUACAGUACCAGAAGAAUCGAACCCUAUCGCCACCACCGCCGCCGUGAAUGGAGGAAAACCUACUAAUGCAGCUCCCACAAUGGCACAAUUCCUAGAUCCAACCUACGUUCAGCAUCCAGAAGGUAUAAGCUGGAACCAAGAGUGUCUUUCCCUCGCCUCACUGCCGGAUACAUGCGCCCACCCAACACUCCUCUUCUACACCUACGGGCCCUGCGCAACCCACAUAGUCUCCAAGAUCGCCAACCUCCCCCCUUCAUCGGACGAGUACUACAGCGUCCUAAACGACUUCCUCUACCCCUUCUACUCCCGUCUGAAAGGCUUCUCACCAUCCUCACCGGCAUGCAAACCAACCGCCUUCUUGGCAACACAGUGGCAGAACGACCCCUACGCAGGAAAUGGGUCGUACUGCAAUUUCCAGAUCGGCCUCAAACAGGGAGACAAGGAUAUAGAAACUCUUCGACGCGGAUUGGGCAUGGAACGCGGCAUCUGGUUUGCCGGUGAACAUACGGCCCCGUUCGUGGCGCUGGGUACCACGACGGGUGCGUAUUGGAGUGGUGAGCGCGCCGCGGGCCAGAUUUGCGACUUGUAUAGUUUGACAAGGGAGGGCAUCGGGUCCGGGAGAGAUGACUCUUUGCCUUCUGCGACUGGGAAGAAGGUUCAUCUUGAUUCUGCUGUGCCGGCUAUGGUGGAGUGAGCUAUGUUUGGGUGAUGAUCCUUAUUUGGUCUAUCUAUCUAUCUAUUCAUCAUUUGGACUUUCGCAAUUUGGUUGUUGGCUAAGAUAAUUUAAUUUUCUCCUUUUUCGAAUUCGUUUAGCAUAGAGAAGGGGGAGAGGAUCCUGGUUGUAUGCUGCAGUGACCUUCGCAUCCAAUCUAAACAUCGUUAUAAAGAUUGAGAACUGAACUAUCCGCCUACAGUAU